AUGUCAGGAUCCUUGCCUCCAGAUUUUGAAUGGGGAUUUGCAACAGCUUCAUAUCAAAUUGAAGGAGCUGCGAAUGAAGAUGGGCGCGGACAAUCGAUAUGGGAUACUUUCUGUCAUCUUGAGCCUACACGGACCAAGGGAGCCAAUGGGGACAUUGCUUGCGACCAUUACCACCGAUUUGAGGAGGAUUUCGAUCUUCUCUCCAGGUACGGUGCAAAAGCAUACCGAUUCUCAAUAUCCUGGUCGCGGAUCAUUCCGCUAGGAGGAAGAAAUGACCCAGUCAACGAAGCGGGCAUCGCAUUCUAUAGCAAACUCAUUGAUUCCCUUCUUGCCAGAGGAAUCACGCCAUGGGUCACUCUCUACCAUUGGGACCUUCCUCAGGCCAUUCAUGAUCGAUAUGGUGGUUGGUUGAAUGUGGAGGAGUCACAGCUUGACUUUGAACGGUAUGCACAGAUUUGUUAUGAGAGAUUUGGUGACCGAGUCAAGAAUUGGAUCACAUUGAAUGAGCCGUGGAUUGUUUCUAUUUUUGGAUAUGCCACUGGUGGAAAUGCGCCCGGGCGAAGCAGUAUAAACCCACAAUCCACAGAGGGUGAUACUACUACAGAGCCUUGGGUUGUCGGGAAAGCCUUGAUCAUGAGCCACGCUCGCGCUGUCGCUUUGUAUAACCGCAAGUUUCGAGCUUCUCAAAACGGAAAAAUUGGCAUUUCUCUGAAUGGCGAUUACUACGAACCCUGGGAUGGCCAGGACGAGCGUGACCGGCAAGCUGCCGAGCGACGGAUGCAGUUCCAUAUCGGAUGGUUUGCGAACCCCGUUUGUCUAGCACAGGACUACCCCCAAUGCAUGAGAGAGCAACUCGGCGGGAGACUCCCUAGGUUUACGGAGUCAGACUUUGCUCUGCUUCGAGAGGGUGACAUGGACUUCUACGGAAUGAAUUAUUACACCUCCCAAUUUGCCCGGCACCGUGAUGGGCCUGCGCCUGAGACUGACUUCAUGGGGAAUGUGGAUGAACUACAAGAAAACAAACAAGGCGUGUCAGUCGGAGAAAAAAGUGGUGUGCAUUGGCUCCGAUCAGCCCCGGAGCUUUUCAGGAAGCACUUGACACGAGUAUAUCGUACAUACGGCAAGCCCAUCUACAUCACAGAGAAUGGGUGCCCGUGUCCGGGCGAAGAGAAAAUGGCAUGCGAAGAGGCUGUCAAUGAUACCUAUCGGAUCCAAUACUUCGGGGAUCAUCUCAAUGCUGUCGGAAGAGCACGUAUAGAGGAUGGUUCUGAUAUUAAAGGAUACUUUGCCUGGUCAUUGAUGGACAACUUGGGUAAAUGCUUUUCCUCAUACUUUGAGAUAUUCGAGCUAAUUCUUCUUUCAGAAUGGUCCGAUGGAUACGGGGUUCGCUUUGGCGUUACCUUCACUGACUACAGCACUCUGGACAGGACUCCCAAGCAAUCUGCUUUGCUACUGAAAGGUAUGUUCGACGAACGCAUGGGUGGCGACCCUUCUUCAGAAUAA